CCCGGGGCGGAAGCGGAAGCGGCGGAACCAGAAGUGGCGUUGGCGGCCGGUGUGGGCGGUGUUGGCGGUGUUGGCGGCCAUGGCGACGGGCGGGGAGGAGCAGCAGGGCGGCUGCGAGCACUACCGGCGCGGCUGCCUGCUGCGGGCGCCGUGCUGCGGGAAGCUGUACCCGUGCCGCCUGUGCCACGACAGCGCCGAGGAGCAUCAGCUGGACCGGUUUCGCGUGGCCGAGGUGCAGUGCGCCAGCUGCCGCCUCCUGCAGAAGGCCCAGCAGCGCUGUGAGGGCUGUCAAAACCUCUUCGGCGAGUACUACUGUGACAUCUGUCACCUCUUUGAUCGUGACAAGAAGCAGUACCACUGCACCGGGUGUGGCAUCUGCAGGAUCGGACCAAAGGAGGACUUUUUCCACUGCUCCAAAUGCAAUUUAUGCCUAAAUUUGAGUCUUCAAGGAAAGCACAAGUGCAUUGAAAAUGUCUCCAGGCAGGACUGUCCGAUAUGUUUGGAGGAUAUUCACACAUCUCGCGUCGGAGCUCAUGUUCUGCCGUGUGGUCACCUUCUUCACAGAACAUGUUACGAGGACAUGCUAAAGGAAGGUUACAGGUGUCCUUUAUGCAUGCACUCAGCCUUGGAUAUGACAAGGUACUGGCGGCAGCUGGAUGACGAAGUAGCGCAGACUCCGAUGCCCACUGAGUAUCAGAACGUGACUGUGGAGAUCCUUUGCAAUGACUGCAGUGCCCGGUCUACAGUGCAGUUCCAUCUCCUAGGCUUAAAGUGCAAAAACUGUGACUCCUACAACACUGCCCAAGAUGGAAAAUGCCGUCUGCCUUUGGAGGAGCAGUGACCAGGACACACACUGCGUACAGCUGGAUGAGGAAGAUUUGGCUGUGGAAGAGACUAUCUACUUAAUACAAAACAGCAGACAUUUAUUCAGAGUUGUCACGGGACCAGUGAAGUGACUCCAAGAUUUAAUGUGAGCACAAAGGAGUUUUGCUGGUUGUGCCCAUGUCCUUAGUACCUGGGGCACAGCGCGGUCCAGCCCUUCAGAAGUUCCCACCACGCAGCGUGGUGCCUGAGGAAGGUUAGAGAGAAAGCCAUUUGCUGUGUUGAAGAAGGGAAAGCCUAGAGGAACAGCUACUGAGAUGCGGAAUGAGAAAUGAUCAGCAGCCGAUGCAGGAGGUGUUUGGGGCAGCCAAAGGUUGUGAGCGUAGCCGUAGGUGGAGGCACCACUAUUCUGGUUGUAGCUGUGGGGGGGGAACUUCUAGCUCCAAGUGGCCUUUUUACAUCAAGCUGACCUCUGCAAAGUUUUACACGAGGACAUUUUGUUCCUUGUAAAUGACAUGUUCAUUCCAGGGCCUCGGAGCCAUUACUGUGAGUGGAUGGAGAGGAGAGGCUUGCAGAAAUCGCAUCCUGGCUUGAUGUCUUGACAUAUGCACACACAGAAUUCACUUUGAACAAGGCUGGCGCACGCGUGGUGAACAACCUAAACAUUGAGCCGCAGGGCUUCCCUUUUCCCCCAUCUCCUUACUCGUAUUCCUUGGCCAGCUGCAGUCUCCUUCACAUCUAUUUCUUCCUCCUUUUGUUUUAUUCCCUAACAACGACCAAGGUGUCGUAUGGUUCUGGACACGUGUGUAGCAUGGUGGUCAAGUACACAAGGUAAACCAUAUCAUGUGGUCAGGAUUGAUAUUGGGCUGAGCUAGAGAUGUUUGCUAAGCAACAGGAGCUCACAGAGGCACUCGAGAAGUGUGGGGACCAAUUUUCUGUGGCUUUGGGUUUUUUUAAUGGUAUUUGGUUUCACUGCGGGGAGAGAGUAGCAGAGUGCUUUAAAAUAAAACUUACUGAACUAUUUCAAGACGGGCAGAUUGUUUCCCAUAAUGAGAUAAAAUAUAUUUUAAAAGCCCAGUUACUCUUCACCAUCCAACUGCUUGUUUUCAACUUUUCUCCUGUAAAACAAGUUUUUCUUAAUCCAGCCGUGUCCCCUCUCAUGUGUAAAAACCUGCGACCAGGACUGUAGCGUUGCUGUAGCUUGCCUUUACUGGAGUAUCUCCCUGAAGCACUUUUCUCACUGCUAUAAAUGUAAAAUAACGUCUCUAUUAAAUCAAGUUAUCUGUGUGCGGUGCUCGCCUUCUAUGCGUGUACUCUGGAAAUUCCCAGCUGGCGUGAUACUGUGACUUGAGGCUGGAACAAGGAGGGUUCAAUGACCAGAGGGGUGUGACUCCAGGGUCUGCAUUAUGAAAACAGUGGACUUAUUGGUCCCUAUAUUUCUUUGGUGGGAGUGGAGGGCUCUUCCUGCUAGCACGGCACAGGGGACUGGUCCUAGGCUGAGCUACCUGAUAGAGCUGGGAUCAGAUGGACUGUAGAGGAGGUGAAGCCCCAUAGAAAGUGAAACCAGAGCGACUUGUGUUGUCACAACAAGCUGCACUGUGCCAGAACGCAGUUUCCUCAGCUCCCAGCUUGGGUCUCUGCUUUCCCAUCCCAAACCUGCCUCCCCAUCCUACCCUGCUCUGGAUGUGCAGGUGAAUUUAGGUGCUUGAUGCCAGCAGAGCUUAUCCCUCUGCCACUGCUGCCGCAGUGGGUCUUGCUCAGAGGCUACUGCUGCCCAAAUGGCUCCAGCACCUUGGCAUGGUGGGUUUGGCUGCCCAGAAGCAGGAUGAAAAAUGUUCAGGCGAUGCCAUUUGGAUGUUUUCAAGGUGCUCUUCUUGCUUGAGAAGUGGCUUCCGUUUGGCUUCAGACGGACAGGCAGGGUUAAGUGAACUGUAAAUGGGAUAAAAAUGUGAUGUCAAGUGAUGUUCUUUGAGAUGAAUCUGAGGGAUGUUGUUUUUCUGUAUGAUUAAAGCAGUCCUUCUCCCAAAGAAGGGGGGGAAAAUCCUUGGACCACACCCUUAGUUGACACUUGAGAAGCCCACAGAUGGCAGAUGCUGGAUUAGACACCAUUUCCAUAGGCAGUGCUGAUAGCGGGGGCCGGGAUUUGCGUGGUGGCAGGAGAAGCAGAGACGGUUGAGGGAAUACAGCAUAGCUAGGAAAAGGAACUGACAAUAAAUUACUUCUAUUAGACAGCGACUAGUGAACGGAUGCUCAGAAGAAGGCUGGGGAGCUCUGUCUAGUCCUCAUGGGCUUCAAAAUUGGGGCAGGCUGUCUCUGUAGGUGAACGUGGCACGGCCCAGGUUAGGUGAUGAGUGCUCUGGGUGGACGUCAGAGAUGCCCUCGCCUUCUGUUGCUCUGUAACCAGGUGACAAAAGACAUGUUGGGGUUCCUCACAAGCAAGUCUUGCAUGGCACAGGGUUGUCAUAGAUACUGUGUCUGAGUGGUAGGUGUUGCCAUCAGAAAAUGGUGAGAUGCCGAACACAUCUAAAGUGGUGCUGGAGGUGGAGGACAUAAGCAGUAACAUACUUUUAAUGUGUCUCUGGUGGGUGGAGAUGUGGAGACUGCAAGGUCCAUGCUGUCUCCUUGGGAAGUGCUGAGCUUGCCCACCCUCACUGGGGGCUCCAUCCCCACUCCAAUGCCUGCUCUGGGGAGCCUUUGGGCAAAGCUGUUGUUAGCCCACCCGUGUCUCUUUCUGGCAAGGCUUCUCCCCCAAAAAAGAACUCUGUUUCUGUGAAAGCAUGAGGGCUGCUGGUGAUGGUGGGCCAUGCAGGACACGAACCUCUUCAGCCUUCAAAUGCUGCCGGGAGCAACUAGAAGCAGCAAUCCAACCUUAAUUAAUAAAACAAAGAGCAGAGCAGGCAAAUUCUCCCUCUGAGCAGCUGCUAGGGAGAAACAGAUGCAGCAAUUUGUUCAUUAACUUGAUGAAGCAGAGAUGUUCUUCCAGGGCUGCUGCUGCUGCUGAGGUUGUGGCCUUGCAAGCGGGGACAACUGCUGGAGGAGUGGAUAAGUUACAGCUGAAGGAUGUACAUACAGUGGGGGUCACUGCCAGGGAGCAAAGCGGGAUAACACGAGGAGCAACGGGGCUGAUGAAGGGGCUGGAGCAGAAGUCUUACAAGAGAAUAGCUGAGAGAACUGGAGCCUGGAGAAAAGGAGGCUGAAGAGAGGUCAUAUCACUGUCCACAGCUCCCUGAAGGGAGGUCGUAGUGCGGUGGGUGCUGGUCUCUUCUCUCACUUAACAAGUGAUAGGGUGAGAGGAAACAGUCUCGAGUUGUGUCAGGAGAGGUUUAGAUUGGAUAUUAGGAAAAAUUUCUUCACAGAAAGGGCUCUGGGGCACUGGCAGAGGCUGCCUGGGGGAGUGAUGGAGUCACCAUGCUUGGAGGUGUUUAAAAGGUGGGCAGAUGAGGUGCUCAGGGAUCUGGUUUAGUAGUGGACAGGUAUGGUUGGACUCAAUCUCAAAGAUCUUUUCCAACCAAAUUAUUCUAUGAGCAUUGGCUUGUGGCUUGCUAAAGCUGAAGCUGAAUUUCUGUGCAUCUUGCAGUUACAGUUUCCAGAGCACUCUGCUCAUUACCAGCAAAUUGCUUCCUCUUUGUAGUUGUUCUUUCCCUGCAAAAGUCCUGUCAGUUCAUUCUACUCUCGGAUAAUAUCCUGGUGCAGCUGGGAAGCCAGCUUGGGAAGCCUCAAUAGCAAAGUAGUCUUUGUCUGUGUUGCUAAUUGUAAAACCAUGCUGGUCAAGCCCACAACCGAGCACAUUUGAUGCUAAAUGAUAAGCUAAUUUUAUCCCAGCUGGAAAUAUUCCUAGUUGGGUUCCAAUCACAAGAGGAGGCUGAAAGAAAACCCUUAGCUGAGCUGCCCUUUGGAAGAGCAGCUCCCUUCCCAGCUGGACUCUUUGGGUAGAGAAAGAAAAUGAUCUUGGGGGUGGGAUCUGGCUGAUUUUGACCUUUUGCUCUCCUGCUUUCGUUCCUUGCAAAGCGAGAGGGGCAGCUGGGCAACCAGCUGAACCGCUGGAUGGUGCAUUUAGCUUGGCACCAAGCCCUCGACUCCCUUUGCCAGGGAAGUAAAUCGCAUCGCGCUGCAGAAAAAUGAGGUGAUAAAGAUAAAUGUAGGAGACAGAGGCAGGCAAGGAGCUGCUCUGUGGAAUGGAAGGUGCUCCGCCGAGCUUUGCUGCCCUGUUCCAUGGAGAUGCUGGAUACGGUCUCCAUUUCUUGCAGGAAGAGCAAGUAUAGCAGCACUGUUGUGCAAAGUGGGCUUCAUUCCCACAUCCCAGGGAUUCAAUCCUGUCGUCCUAGAGACUGGUACACCUGGGGAGGCUGAGCCCCUGCAUCCUUGCCCCUCCACUCGGAUGGAGGUCUGCUCAGCCUCUGCAGGGCAGGCGGUGGGGCAGUCUUGCCUGUGGUUUAUAGAUAAGUGAGCCGGUGCUGCAUUACGUUCUUGCUGUGGGCUGACAUCAAAGGGAGAGACAUGGCAUUGCCCUUGGGUGCCAACACAGCGUCACCCAUCUCCAUCCUGCCCGAGUUUGGGUGCGCAGAAGCAGCCGAGCGCUGCUGGGAGUGGGAAGGAUGCUUGAAUCAGAGUGAUGUGACGGUCCGGGGAUGAAGGCAGCAAGGUGCCUGGGCCAGGGCGUGCCCGCUGGCUCUGGGAGCUUUUGCAAAGCUGUCCUGAACACCCCAGGGCGCGGCAGUGAGCUCCCCCACUGCCAGACACCUGAAAUCAAGCUUUACUCACCCACGUAGAGCAAAAUCGGGAGCAGAUGGGAUUAUCACUGCCUUGUGGGAAAAAUGUAGUGUUCCAGCAAGGCCGGCAGGCAUAAACAAGGUCAGCGGAGCUAUUAAUAAAGCCAGGGCCUGCCAAAGUAUGCGAAACUCGGGAGAGGGACUUGUUAAGCCAAAGAGUGGAGUGAUGUGUACCGAGGAGCUUGGCUGAGCUCUCCAUCCCCAUAGAAAGGUGCAGGGGUGAUGGCUCAGGAGCAGGGGGGAAAGGGACCCCCAGUUAUGGGCUGGAAGGAUGGA